ACUCACAUCAAAGAAAGAGAGACAGAGUGAGAGAGAAAAGGAGCUCUAUCAGUUAGGAUGGUGAACCACCCAUGUAUGAAAAGCCUUUUCUUCCUCCUGUCUACCUUGUGCCUUUGUUCUAGCCAUUCCGCAUCUCGUCCAUUGCGUUUCUCUGCGUAUCUCGACCCCAUGCAACAGAUCCACCUGCGAUGGGACCAUGAUUCAAAUGAGAUGAUGACCUUUGAGCUUCAUGUCCAGUCAACUGGCUGGGUGGCAUUUGGUUUCACCCCUCACGGAGAACUGCCUGGGGGAGACGUUGUGAUUGGUGGAGUCCUUCCCGAUGGUAACAUGUAUUUCUCGGACUGGCAUAUUGUGGAUGAGGAGAUUGUCAUCGAGGAUGAAAGCCAAGACUAUGAAUUGUUGUCAAUGACCGAAGACAAGACUUCCACCACUUUGACAUUCCAGCGCUAUUUCCAGACAUGCGAUGUUCAUGACCAACCCAUCACGAGCGAUACGCUACGAAUAAUUUCUGGUUUUGGUCCAGAUGACACGAUUGAUUUCUUCAAAGGAAAGCUGAUCAAAAAAUCUCUGUACCUCAUGUCAUAUUUAGACUUUUCUGACUUAAAAGCACCCAGUGUCUACUAUGCAUAUGACCUCAAGCUAGAUGAUUUCCCCAUUCCAGAGGAUGACACCACAUAUGCCUGCACUUUCCUCCCACUGCCCAGAGUCAAGACAAAACAUCACAUCUACAAGUUUGAGGCUGUGAUCACACCACGGAAUGAAACCAUUGUGCAUCACAUUCUGGUUUAUGCCUGCGGCAAUGCGAGUGUUCUGCCCACUGGGGUGAGCGAUUGCUAUGGAGGGGAUCCCGCUUUUGCCCUCUGCUCCCAAGUCCUCGUGGGCUGGGCUGUAGGAGGAGGGUCCUAUAUGUUCCCAGAUGAAACUGGAAUCUCCAUAGGUACACCACAGGAUCCCCAGUGGGUCCGGUUAGAAAUCCACUACAGCAAUUUUGAUUUUAUUCCAGACCUAAUUGACAACUCAGGGAUAAGAGUCUACUACACCCCAGAACUGCGGCCGUAUGACAUGGGGGUGCUACAUACUGGGAUCUUUACCUUUCCCAUCCAUUUCCUCCCCCCAGGGGUAGAGAGUUUCAACUCCUAUGGAUUCUGCAAUACCAGUCGGUUUGAGGAGCUGAAUGGGACCCCAGUGCCUGAUAUGCAUGUCUUUGGCUACUUGCUUCACACUCACUUGGCUGGAACAGGGGUGAGAGGAGUCCAGUACCGGGAUGGCAAGCAGUUGCGAAUCGUCUGUGCAGACAAUAAGUAUGAUUUCAAUCUCCAGGAGACAAGAGGAGUGAAGGAAGUUGUCACUAUCAAAGCGGGCGAUGAGUUCUUGGUGGAAUGUCGCUACCAAACACUUGAUCGAACAGAUCUGACAUUUGGCGGGCCAAGUACCCUGAAUGAAAUGUGUCUGAUAUUCCUCUUCUAUUACCCUCGUAACAACAUCUCCAGCUGCUUGGGAUAUCCAGACAUUCAAUAUGUUGCCCAGGAACUUGGCCAAUCAGCAACAGACUCAAUGGAAGGGAUGAUGGCCAUUAACCUGGUAGACUGGAACAACGACACUGCCAAACAAGCGGAGAAGGCAUGCAAAGAAGCAGAUCAGAUUGUCAUCAUUAAAACAAUUGAUGAGGUGUCUGUCAAUGAAACUGGCUUCAUUCGAGAUAUCAUUGAACCUGACCCAGUGCCCUGCAAAAAUAUUUUUGAAAACGAGCCUACAACUGAACCAGAGAUGCCAGAGAUGCAAGCCAUGUACCAGGCAGCUGUGACAUCUAAUGCCCUCAACACCAAAGCCAGACUGCCAUUUCUUGCCCUCUUCCUCAUACAUUUGGGUUUUACUUGGCUCCUUAGUUUCUCCAUGAGUCUGCUCUGAAUCUUAAAGGCUACAGAGAUCAACAAGGGCCUCCUGCAUACAGAAUUGUGAUCCCGCCAAAUUAGCCUUAUCCCACAUUAACUUUACCUCAUGCACACUGGUUCAUGUUUAAAAAGCUGCUUACAACUGGAAUGACAUUUUUUACAGCCUCCUGUGUAGCAGAUGCCAGCAUGCAUGCAGCAAAGCUGGCGGCGUCAUGGUCUCCUUGUGAGAAUCUCAGCUGAGUUGGAUUGGUCAGAAAAUGCAGAAUGCCAGAUUAAAUGGAUCACGUCCCACAAAACAGGUCUUGACACUGCAAUCCUAAAUCAGUUGACUUUUAAGAGACUUACUCUGAGUAAGAUUGCAUUGUACAGCAGCUAAUGCACACUCUACAAUCCACAAUUGCACACUCUACAAUUCACAAUUGCACACUCUACAAUUCACAAUUGCACACUCUGCAAGACAUUUAUUUCCCCAUAUUUAACUACCAUCACUUUCAUUACAUGCCAAUACUGGCCACUUGCCAUUUGCAGCCUAUUGUCCAAAACUGGGGAUUAUAUAAUUUACUCAAAUAAACAUUUUUUUUAAAAAAAAACAACAACAACCACCAGAGAUCUGAUGAUAGUGAAUGGAAAUCAAACCCUCAAAUUUUCAGGUGCGUCAUCUCAUGUACUAAAACAUAUGCCAUUGUUCAAAUACACAAAUGGUUUUCACAAUAAUGAUUGCAUUUUCAUGAUGGGAUUCAUGCAGGUUCAUGCCGGGACUAGAAACGUCCUCAUUUGCAAAAUCAGCCUCUUGUCAGGUUUUGCUUAUUGCCUUGACACUCAAAACAAAGCAUUUUGUUCCAGCGCUUGAUAUUCUGCAUCUGGAAAUGGCUCUGUUUUGCAGAAUGAAUCCUCAGCACCAAUAGUGUAUCCUUUUAAUAAUUAUGCCAAUAGAGUCUGCACCUCUUGAUUCCAUGUCAUAGAAACCUUUCAAAGGAUGAAAAAAAGAUAAAUUUAAUUAAGUCACAAUGUGAUCUUUGCCUGCAGAAUAAGCUCACUUCCCUCCCAGCUUCACAGCCGGCACAACGGAGAUUCAGCCAACAAUCCUUUCCUGGGAAUAACCACACCUGUAUAAAAUGGGACUUACUUUCCGGUAGACUUGCUUAGGCCAGUUCUUUCACUCUGUUUAACCCAAACUAUCAGUCUUGCCUUUUAACUACCUUUUAAUUAUUAAAUGCUACAACUAGGUAUAUCAUUCAUUCCUCCACCUUCUGUGUUUUUCAAAACAUUUUAAAUAGUUCCAACGCAACUCUGAGUUUUGUUUUGGAGACACCCCAGAUCCUGGCCAAUCAGUGCCAGGUUUUGUUGUAGAUGAAGAGCUGUUCAUGUCAAAAGUGAAAAUUCCAGAAAAGAAAAGUUCAACUUAUACUAAAUGCUGGGCUGUUUCUUCGAUGUCGGUCGCACUGUCACAGAAAUUUUACAUUGAUCUUCACCUUGUACUUCUGGCAAUUCUGUGGGUCUUCGGCCGUUCUCUUUUCGGUGUCGGCCUGGCAGGCAGGAAAGAAGCCAUACAGCUGUUUGCUUCAGUUUUGGAUUACUUCGGCUUAGGAUGGUGUUUUGGGCUAAUAAGGUAGCCAGCUGAACUGUCAGACACAGAAAAUAUUCAUAAUACCAGUUCCGGUAGAUUUCAAACCGGGCUAAUGUCUGAGAAAUAACUUGCGCAACAUAACACAGCAGCAGUGACAGCACAGUCUUUGCUGCAUUGACAUGAGCCUUCAACUGUGAAGGAGGCAAAUUUUGUCCCAGCUUUUGAGUGUGCCUGAAAAGCGAGUAGAGAACCAGGACCAAAGAGCAAACCACCACCAUCAAGGGAAUGGAGCAGCUGAGCAUGACGAUGAGGACUCGGUAAUGAGGGCUCAUGAGAAUAACUAUGGUUUCUAUAUUCCCAUAGUUGUGCGUACAGUUAAAGGUAGGCGGAAGACUGGUUGUUUGAUUGGUUAGGUCUGUGGCUUUUUUCUUAUGCAUUGCAGUUGUAAUAGCCCACUGAAGUAGGACUGCGGCUCCCAAAGAAACUGAAGUCGAGCCAAGGAGGAGCCAACGCACAAGACCGGGAAACUUUAAUUUCAAUCUCAGCAAAAAUGCCUGCUUGAAGUUGACAAUCUUCACGCAGUAGAAAACGCUGAGCCAGGCAGUGCACCAAAAGCUGGAGCAGCUUGUGAUGAUAUCGAGGGUUAACAUGACUCUUUGCACGUUAUAAAAUGUGCUGUAAAACUCUUCCCAGUUGAGCGACAAAUAGUAGUCCAGGAUUAGCAAAGUGGCAAAGAGAAGGUUAAAGAGAGCGAGGCUGGAGAGGAUCUCAUCAUUUGGCAUCAGACUUCUUCCUUUGGACCAAUCCAUGAGAUUCACCACAAUGAUAAGCCCAUUGAUCAUGAUGAGCAAGAGAUAAAUGAAGCCUGAAAUAGCAAGGUAGAAGCUCACAAGCUCAUGGGGUUCCAAUCCCCUAUUUCUAUGCACAACACAUUCCAUAGCAAUGCUAUCUUUAUUCUGUUCCUAUGGAUGGUACAUGGAACUAUGUACUGUCUGGCUCAACAUCAGAAUGCUCAGAGAUGGCAUUUAAUUGAUUAAAAAUCUGUGAGUUACUAAUGCAAA